AUGGCGAGACCCACCACGGCUUGGGCUUCCGAGCUCGAUCUUCAACCUGGGAUCGGUCUAGGACCUUUCCACAUCGGUGAGCACGUUUAAGCCCUUCCAGUGAUGACCGAGCGGUGACGUUCACGGACGCGUCACCGCGUCACCUGCCGACGUCACGUGUUGUGGGGGCGGGCCGCCCCACACGCGGACGGACUCGACCGCGAUGACGGCGACAAAAACAGCUCUGGGCGGUCUAGUACCCACUACAGAGUUGUAGGGACUGAUUCGAUCUUAUCGGUCUCGAUCAUCGCCCCACUCGAACCCAGGCACGACCUUGUUUGACGUCAUCAACCUACUGCGGAGCCAUCGCUCGACCUACCCGACCGUGCACCUCGCCUGGGACGACAAGGUUAGCCAUCACUAGGACUAGAGAGGCAUGAACUCGGACGGAGAACUGACACCACAUGUCACUCGGACCAGGCUCCCUCAACCAGCUCAAUCCACAUUCAGCUACUCAAGCCCAGCCCACUUGCGCUCCUCUUCGACGCGACGACCCAACGACUCUUACGCAUCCAACUCGAAGGGCAAGCCACGCCAAGCCUGAUCUAUCGAGGUAAACCGUUCACCCAUCCUUCAGAAGAUUCCGAUCACCAAGAUGCCAAGACCUUGAUUCGGAGGUUGUUGGGCCCGACGUAUUCUUCCUCUUCGACCGAGACUUCGAGCUCGGGGCUCAACGGGCAGCCGAGUGCCGCCUCCACUUCGACGGCCAAGAAGACGAUGAUGACUUAUCCGGGAGUGUCCUUUGAGUUGGAAGAACGAAACAAGCGAGGCAAGUCCAUCGCAGUUUGACCCUGCUGCCUGCUUGGGUUUCUGACGUUCACAAAUGCCUCCGUUCGACAGGCUCAACCGUGUCGAGAGCCAUGGUCACACCACUCCUCGCACCAGAAUCCAACAUCCCCAUCGACACAGCGUGGCUGCACCCUAGCUUGCCCAACGAUCAUUCCAAGAAACAAGGACAACUGGGCCAAGUUGAGAUCAUGGUGCGUCGUUCCGUGCAUCACCUUCCCUUCCCUGCACACUCUCACUCUGGACCCCGUUCUGCAAACUCAGCUCGAUGCGCAGAAUUGUCCAACAUCCGUCAAACUCGUGUUCUAUCCGCACGACUCACCAUCAACAUCACAUCAUGCCGUCGAGUUCAAGAUCGGCGAGUCGACGAGUGAGGACAUCAUGUGCGAUCUCGGCAGUGCGGUCAGGUCGUUCUGGAAGGAGGAUGUGAGUGAACCCGUCGAUCCUCAACCACUGUCCGCCCGGGACUGAAUCAAACAUUCCGCAUCGACGCCUGCUUCGCUUGACAGGAUCGCAUGUCAAUUCAUUCAUCGCCCGAUGCGACAGCCUUAGCAGCACUAGAUCGUAGGUCUCAGGUACCCUAGCUUGUCUUGACUGGAAGAACUUUCUGACCGAGCUAUGGAUAUGUCAUGCACGCUCAGCGAACCCUUACUUCCUCUCCUACCCAUCCCUCGGUAUCACGUUCCUCGUCCAUGGCUCGAAGCACCACCUUCUCAAAGUCAUACUGCAUUCGAACCUACCCGGCGAAGUCAAUUUUGGCCGAACGCAUCGAUGUCGCUGGGCCUUGGUCGACAGCUCGGGUGCUCGCAUCGGGUGUGAACAACCCUUCACCAAAGUCAAGACAAGGCUUGUAGGAGGGAGUCCUAGACCUGGGUCUCCGAAGGGCGAGUUGAAGGGUGAGAAAGAUGAUUUGACAGCCAAGAAGGGCGUGAAGGGGUUCUCGGUGGAGAAACCGAUGAUUUUGGAUCGGACCGCCGGUGGUGGGGAAGGGUCCGAGGUCAAGGGCAAAACGACCGGUGAGUUGGAUUAUUAUCACGGAUCGCUCUACCUAAAACCGAAACCGAUCUUCAAAUGGAUGGUGUUGGCGAGACUAUCGCUGACGUGAACGGUGUCCUCCGUCCGCUGACUCUGACCAUCUCGCUCGUGCGAUGGGUCGCUGUUUCACCGUUUCACCAGAGAUCCAUGGAUUUCCGGGCGUCGCGUUCGAGGUGACGAUUUCCGGCGACGUCGAGACCGUUUGGCUAUUUUAA